AUGCUACUCAUUUCCAGCCCCCAAUAUCGACUCGUUGCGACCUCUUCACACGUGAACCAGAACGAUUCACCUGUCCGACGACGGCAUAAGUUAUGGCCUAACCGCACCAUGUCGUCGGUCUCAGCGUUUGUGUCGCCAUUCAUAGGAGUAAGAAUAGCUGCCACCCGACACACAUGUUUUGCUGAAGCGCGGCGUCGUUGCUCGCCGUCAGGUCGAAGGCUAUGCAUCUCUGCGCGCACAGCCGAUCGGCAGACGACUGAGCGAGGCUUUCAGCUAUUGAAGACCGAUGUUUCACGUCUGAAACGUCUCGCACGCGGAGAUCUGUCAGCAUUCGUUGACCGUGGAUUGGGGCUACAGAGAUAUGACCCCAUCGCCAUCGCAAAGUAUUACGAUGCACGACCCCUGAGCGUUGCCAUUCGUCUUUCAUCCGUGGGCAUUCCAUUUCUGAUCUGGCUCUUUCGUGUACGAAAAUUGGAUAAAUGGCGAGGGAUCAGCGGGGAGGUCGAUAUUGCCAGAAAGCGCGCUGAUGACCUUCGAAAGCUUCUUACGUGGGCCGGCCCGACCUAUUUGAAGAUUGGGCAAGCUGUAGGAAACCGUCCAGAUCUUGUGGGCGCUGUGUACAGCACCGAGUUGCAAAAGUUGGUAGACGAUGUUGGUACGUUUGAGUCUGAUAUUGCUCUGAAUAUGGUGAAGGAAGAACUUGGGCUGCGCGACAUUUCCGACAUAUUUGCUGAGUUUCAACCAGACGCUGUGGCGUCGGCGUCCUUGGGACAGGUGCAUAAGGCGCGGUUGAAGUCAGGCGAAGAACUUGCAGUGAAGGUGCAAAGACCGACUGUCGAGCGUGAUGCUGCUUUGGACGUUUACGUUUUGCGGCGUCUCGCCACGUUUGCCAAGAAAAGAUUUAAGCUACGAAGCAACUUGGUUGGUAUCGUGGAUGAGUUUGCGACGAGGUUGUGGGAGGAACUGGAUUAUGUAAAUGAGGCAAAGAAUUGUGAGAGGUUUGACGAAUUGUACGCAAAGGGAAACGACAACGUCCAUGUUCCAAAAGUUUACAAAGAGUUAACGACAAAGCGUAUUCUCUGCAUGGAAUGGAUUGACGGGGACAAGGCCCCGUGGUUUCCGAAAGAUGACGCAAAACGGCUGAUAGGAAUUGGUGUGCAAUGUUCGCUGCAACAGUUGUUGGACAAGGGAUUCGUGCACGCAGACCCGCAUGGAGGCAAUUUACUGCGAACGAAGGAUGGGAAGCUAUGCUAUCUUGAUUUUGGUAUGUGCGUCGAAGUCGAACCACAGAUUCGAUAUGACUUGGUCGCUGCUAUUGUGCGCUUGAUCAAUCGAGAUUAUGAAAACCUUGGAAAAGACUUCGUUAAGCUCGGUUUUCUUCCGCCAGACGCAGACACAGCACCACUGGCUCCUCUCUUGGCGGAAGCCUUCGGGGACGCAAGUACGGGAAGCUCCCUUUCAGAUCUUUCUUUCAGCCGACUUGCUGAUAACCUCUCCGGAUUGGCGUAUAAAACUCCAAUAAGGAUCCCAGUUUUCUUUACUCUAAUCAUCCGAUCACUAACUAUUUUAGAGGGAUUUGCACUGCAAACGAACGCCUCAUUCAAGAUUGUCGAUGAGGCCUACCCUUAUGUGGUCAGGCGAAUUUUAACCGACGAGUCUCCUGUCUUUCAGAGGGCUUUGGAAGGCGUGUUAAUCGACCCGGAGACAGAACGGAUUCGAUGGAGCAGGCUGAAGUCAAUACUGAAGGCAAAGUCCUCAACAGGAUCUGGAGGCAACUCUGAAAACGGCGUGGUCCCCUCGGAGCGGAACGGCGAAAGUAGACUUUCAGGGAUGAGUAGCUCGUCACUGAAACGCGUUGUCGAUUUUACCCUCAGCGAGCGCGGAGAAUUUUUGAGAAAGGCUUUGCAAUUGGAACUGACUGACACAGCAGAUGCAGCUCAACUUGCAGUGGCAAAACGCAUAUCAGAUUUGACGAAUGGGUUGCUUCCUUCUCCACGGGAGAAGGUCGAUACGGAGCGCCUUGAAAACGCGAUCGAGCUCGCAAAGGCGCUACGAUCAAGGGUGCCAGAAAUUUUGGCUGUCGAGCAGAGUCGUAGUAGGCAACAGUUGGAUAGAGAACUAAUACGACAGCAGCGCUUGCGACGCGAAGUUCUGGAGGCUUCGCGUGCAGUGGCUGGAAACAUCCUUAUCGACACGAACGAAAGAUAA